AUGUCCAAGCGGCGUAUCGAAGUGAUGGAUCCGUUCAUCAAGAAACGAAGGGAGGAAAAAGCUGCGGCGGAAGGCUCGGCCGGUGCGAGCUCAUCCAAGCACGAUGCCGGAUCCGCCAGUUCCAGCUCUGCCUCGAAAGCGAUGGUAGCUGCCGGUGGAUCAUCCGAAACGGGAGGCAAAAAUCCAUUGAACGGUGUUGCCUACACGCAGAACUAUUACAAUCUGUACAAGAAGCGUAUCACGCUGCCGGUGUUUGAGUACAAGACGGAUUUUAUGCGCCUACUGUCCGAGCACCAAUGUAUCGUACUGGUCGGUGAAACUGGCUCCGGCAAAACAACACAAAUACCUCAGUGGUGUGUCGAGUAUGCGCUGCAGACCAGCUCGAAGGGUGUUGCCUGUACACAGCCACGUAGGGUGGCCGCCAUGUCGGUGGCGCAGCGUGUUUCGGAAGAAAUGGACGUUAUACUUGGACAGGAAGUGGGUUACAGCAUUCGUUUCGAAGACUGUUCGAGCCCACGCACCCUGCUAAAGUACAUGACGGACGGUAUGUUGCUGCGCGAAGGUAUGAGCGACCCGAUGCUGGAAGCUUACCAGGUCAUCCUGCUCGAUGAAGCUCACGAAAGGACGCUGGCAACGGAUUUGCUGAUGGGCGUACUGAAGGAAGUAAUUCGACAGAGAAAAGAUUUGAAGCUAGUCGUCAUGUCGGCCACACUGGACGCGGGCAAGUUCCAGCAGUACUUCGACAAUGCACCGCUCAUGAACGUCCCUGGCCGCACACAUCCGGUAGAGAUUUUCUACACACCGGAACCGGAACGGGACUAUCUGGAAGCGGCCAUCCGUACCGUGAUACAGAUUCAUAUGUGCGAAGAGAUCGAGGGUGACAUACUGAUGUUCCUGACCGGACAGGAAGAGAUCGAGGAGGCGUGCAAGCGUGUGAAGCGCGAAAUCGACAAUCUGGGACCGGAUGUGGGCGAGCUAAAGUGUAUUCCACUCUACUCGACGCUACCACCGCACAUGCAGCAAAAAAUCUUCGAACCAGCACCACCAAAGCGUCCGAAUGGUGCGAUCGGCCGGAAGGUGGUUAUCUCGACAAACAUUGCCGAAACGUCGCUUACCAUCGAUGGGGUGGUGUUUGUGAUUGAUCCCGGAUUUAGCAAACAGAAGGUGUACAAUCCGCGUAUUCGCGUCGAAAGUUUGCUCGUGUCGCCGAUUAGUAAAGCAUCCGCACAGCAGCGAGCGGGUCGUGCUGGGCGAACCAGACCUGGCAAAUGUUUCCGGCUGUACACCGAAAAGGCGUACAAGACGGAGAUGCAAGAUAAUACGUAUCCGGAAAUUUUGCGUUCCAAUUUAGGUACGGUGGUAUUGCAGCUGAAAAAGCUCGGAAUUGAUGAUUUGGUACACUUUGACUUUAUGGAUCCGCCGGCACCGGAAACAUUGAUGCGUGCGCUCGAGCUGCUAAACUAUCUGGCCGCGCUGGACGAUGAUGGUAAUCUAACGGAUCUUGGUGCGGUAAUGGCUGAGUUCCCGCUCGAUCCACAGCUGGCUAAAAUGUUGAUUGCCAGCUGUCAGCACAAUUGUUCCAAUGAAAUCUUAUCCAUUACUGCUAUGUUGUCAGUUCCACAGUGCUUCGUGCGGCCGAACGAGAUGAAAAAAGCGGCCGAUGAUGCUAAGAUGCGCUUUGCGCACGUUGACGGUGACCAUCUGACGCUUUUGAAUGUGUACCACGCUUUCAAACAAAACAAUGAAGAUCAGGGCUGGUGUUACGAUAACUUCAUCAACUAUCGGUCGUUAAAAUCAGCAGACAAUGUACGACAACAGCUAGCCCGUAUUAUGGAUCGCUUCCAGCUGCAGCGCACGAGCACGGACUUUACGUCGCGGGAGUACUAUUUUAACAUUCGCAAAGCAUUGGUGCAAGGUUUCUUUAUGCAGGUUGCUCAUUUGGAACGUACAAAGCACUAUCAAACGAUAAAGGACAACCAGGUGGUGCAGCUCCAUCCGUCCACCUGUCUCGAUCACAAACCGGAAUGGGUGAUUUACAACGAGUUUGUGCUGACGACGAAGAACUAUAUUCGAACCGUUACGGAUGUUAAGCCCGAGUGGUUACUGCAGAUUGCACCACAGUACUACGACAUGAAUAAUUUCCCGCUGUGCGAGGCAAAGCGCCAGCUUGAACUAAUACUGGCACGUAUGGAUUCGAAACAGUUCCAGCAAGGAUUUUAG